GGGCCACCCUCGCGCAGUUCUGACUUUGUGACAUCAAGGGGACACAGGAUGCUAUGGCCUCUUCAUCAUGACCGUUGCUGACGAGAAGGAGGACAGAUAAACCCAAACCUCCUUCUCGACUUGCCGCCGAUCGAUGACUUAACAUUUUUCUCUGUGCCUGACUAAAAGACGUGGUCCACUUGUAAAGGACACAGAGUCCUCUUCGCACUUCCACCCACUCACACGCUCCUUCGCUGCAUGUAUGCCUGAUUCAAUCGCCGAACCUCUUAUACAUCCACUCUUUCACUCCCGCCCCCGCUCGACAGAUCACCAUCUCAGUCUUCCUUACCACCACGCAGCUGCAACAGACCAGGAGAAAGCACACCAAAGUACCGACGUCGAACUCGAAGACUUUCCCAUACAGGAGAAGCCUCGGAUUAUAAUCUCAUCCUUCGAACAAGAGGAGGUAGAAGAAGUUUCCGAGUCGGAGAAUUCUGAAAAAGGCCCUUUGGUGACUGCAGAAGGUUCCGUACGACAGAUGAAACGAACCAAGUCCAAGAAGAGCAAAGACAAACGAUCACCUUCGCGACCGAAUCUGCGGAUUGACACCGAUAAUAACGGGCACGCGAAUGGCCAUGCGAACGGGACGAUGGACAAACACAUUGAAAUGAGGCGGAAACACGUCUCGAAUGACGAACCGCUAGCCAAUGUUGCGAGGGCCAUGAGCAGAGACGAUUUCAGCCUUGAUAAUGAACCGCCACCACAGACUCCGCAGACACCUGGGAUGGUGAACACGAGCUUUUCGAAUCUGCCUCAGAAAGACAAGCGAAAUUUUCUGCUGCUGUGUCUACUCUACUUUCUCCAAGGUAUACCGAUGGGUCUUGCCUCUGGGUCGGUACCUUUUCUGCUCAAGAGCUACCUGUCGUAUGGACAGAUCGGCAUAUUCUCCCUAGCGAUAUACCCUUAUUCAUUGAAGUUGUUGUGGAGUCCUAUCGUGGAUGCAGUAUGGAGUCGACGCUUUGGCCGGAGAAAGAGUUGGAUCACUCCUAUUCAGACCGUGUCUGGACUGUCCAUGAUCUACCUUGGUGGCAGAAUCGACGAGUUAAUGAAACGAGCUGGUGAAAAGGACGGUUCUGGAGUCUGGGGAUUUACUGGCUGGUGGUUUCUUCUGGUCUUUCUCUGCGCCACUCAGGACAUUGCUGUCGACGGAUGGGCUAUUUCGCUUUUGUCCAUGCAGAACAUUUCCUACGCGUCGACGGCACAGACAGUCGGUUUGACGGCUGGCUCUUUCCUCUCUCAUACCGUUUUUCUGGCCCUACAAGCGCCCGACUUCGCCAACGCAUGGUUCAGAACUGUGCCGCAAGAUUACGGACUAUUCACGCUGGGUGGAUACAUGGCAUUCUGGGGAUGGAUCUACCUCUUUGUGACACUUGGUAUUGCCAUCUUGAAGCGCGAGGACAAGACCAAUGACCGUGAAGGGAUUGCGGAUGUCUAUCGCAGCAUGUUGGCAGUUCUCCGAUUACCUAACAUCAUCACCAUCCUCAUUAUCCAUCUCGUGGGAAAGCUCGGCUUCGUAACAAAUGAUGCUGUCACCAAUCUAAAGCUGCUCGACAAGGGUUUUGGUCAAGCCAAUAUGGCUCUGGUUGUGUUGAUCGACUUCCCUUUCGAACUUGGCCUGGGAUACUACGCUGGCAAAUGGUCGACCGAGUAUACUCCAUUGAAACUAUGGUGCUGGGCAUACGUCGCGCGGCUUCUUGCGGCUGUCUUUGCCCAGUUCACCAUCAUGAUCUAUCCUACAGCUUUUGACGAAGCUGUCCCUUUCUGGUACAUGUUGGUGGUUAUUGCUGAACACGUCUACUCCACUUUCAUGAACACAGUCAUGUUCGUUGCAGUUUCUGCUUUCCAUGCCAGAAUUGCUGAUCCAGCCAUUGGGGGAACAUAUAUGACUUUAUUGGCUACUUUUUCGAACCUAGGCGGCACGUUUCCCAAGUUCUUCAUACUGAAGUUCGUCGACAUUUUUACGAAAGCGACUUGCAUACCAGCAGCCAAUCCCGAUGCGUUCAGCAAGGCUCAUCCGGACGUUACGCCCAUUACCAGCCAAUUCAGCUGCGCACUGGAAUCAGAUAAGAAUAUUUGCCUCAAGGGUGGCGGCACAUGUGUUAUGCAACGUGAUGGAUAUUAUAUCACAAAUGUUAUCUUUGUGAUUACUGGGGCUGUCUUGUUUUGGAUGUAUAUAGAGAAGAAGGCGUUGGCCCUGCAGGCUUUACCGUUACGUGCAUGGCGAGUACAGGGAGAUCCUUCCUACCAUCGUGUGGCGAGUUGAUGGUCAGCCUAUUGGACAGAUACCCUGUGUGCUACAAUUGGUAGAGAAGAAAACUAUUCGUUCACAA